UGCACUAUGGCUGCACUCGCCUCUUGCAACGACAUAUUCAUGCGCCGGAAGUGUUUCCUUCUCCGAAGCCCUGAGUGCUGAUGUGUUUCUAAGGGAUUUUACUAGACAGAAACCUCAGGGUCUGAUUAUUUUAUGCCGGUAGAAUAACGGGGAGAAGCGGCGGCCGGAGUGAGGUCCAUGACAGAGACGACGCAGUGGAGGAGAUCCUCAGCAGAGACGAGCGGAGGGAAUGGCGCCCAAAGGUAAAGUUGGAACAAAAGGAAAGAAGCAGAUCUAUGAGGAGAACGAGGCGACGCUCAAGUUCUACACCAGAGUCAUCCUGGGAGCCAAUGCAAUAUAUGCCGCUGUGAAUUUUUUAGUUUUCUACAGUUCCUCCACCUUUUGGACCUGGCUGCUGCUGCUGUUCGCUCUCGCCGUGUACGUUGGGAGCUACCGCUCCAUGUCGGCCAUGGCCAAGCCCGCGUUUGCUGAGGACGGGAGUCUGCUGGAUGGAGGAAUAGACCUAAACAUGGAGCAGGGAAUGGCAGAGCACCUAAAAGAUGUAAUCUUGCUCACUGCCAUCGUUCAAGUGCUUAGCACCCUCUCUGCUUAUUUCUGGUACCUUUGGCUGCUGGCCCCGGCUCGGGCUCUUCACCUGCUUUGGGUGAACUUUUUGGGUCCCUGGUUUAUGGCAGAAAACCCCUCGGCGCCGGAGGAGGUGAAUGAGAAAAAGCAGAGGAGGCAAGAGCGCAGACAGGUGAAGCGGUUCUGAUGCUGCGGAGCAGACUGAGCAGUAUUUUUAUACACAACACAAUCUAAUAUACAGAAAGCGGGGAACUCGUAAGUUAUGCAGGAAGAAAUUUUUUUGUUAUUACGUUAAAUCCAGUAGAAAUCGGAUACAGUGGAAUCUUGUUUUCUGUGUUUGUUUUCUUUCCGCUUUCUCACGUAAUCAAAUUUUCUCCCUAAAUUAUGAAAUGAAAUGUUCCCUAUUUAGAUGAUGUCUCCGUCCAAAUCGCAUUUGUCUUCAUGACAAGAUUUACGAGUUUAGCUCUUGCAGAUGCUUUCAUGCCGCCACCCCCUGCUGAUCUCUCUCUUUUUUUUUUUUGUUCCACACCACUGUCCAAAACAAACUUGUAAUGUCAUGUCUUUCAUUUUAAUUUUAGUUUUCCUUGUUUUUAAGUCCUCUGUAACAAUCUCUGUAUUGUCACAAAAUCAAACUCGAAAGCCUUAAUAAGAGAAUGGGAACAACUUUGCAAUAAAAGGUCUCCGUGUG